AUGAAGAUACCUCAGCAGGUGAGGAGAAAACAGUUUCGUUCUGAAUCCUUUUCUUAAACAAAUUGACCAAAAUUCAGUAACAACUCGACAUUUGCCAUUCAUCGAGUGCAGCCAUGGAAAAUUCAAAGGCUCCGGAAUUGUCUGUAUUUUGAGCCCAACAGAGUUAUUGUAGAGAACAAUCGUCUCGGUUAGUUGGACUAUCUGGAUUUUCCACGAUUCUGGGUAAAAAUAACAAUUUUUCUGGCCAGUCGUUGGUGAGAUUAGAUAAAAUUGACAGUUAAUCUUUGGAGUUGCAUCGUCUCAUCAGAACCGCUCGAGGUAAUGUCUUUGCUGUAUAUGGAGUAACGACUUGGCAUGUGAACGUUUCACGGUUAACGACAUCAGCGGUCAUCGCCGCCGCGCACAAAUACUUGACAGAACUUUAGAGUGAUCGUAAAACAAACUUCUUUCCAACGCACUUCAACGCGAUUAAAUUUUAGGCAUAAUCUAUCCAUUGUGGCCAACGUGAAUUUAAUCGCUCCGGUUAUGCUCUGCCUUUUAGUCUUUCCACUUUAUCCUCGUAACAAAGUAGGUAUUUAUUUUGUUGGAAACACUGAAAGCGGAUUCAGGAUCUCCAUGAACAUUAGCUAUUGUUAUAUUCCUAGACUUUCACUCAACUAAACAGGGACUGCCAUUGGUUGAUUCUUGGUCACGUGGCCUUGGCUAAAAUCAAAUGUAUCCGGAUCGUGAUACAUUAGGCAAUGUACCCCGCUCGGAAUACAUUACAGCACGUGAUCAAAGCAUGGUGGAAAGGGGCGUGACAGAAGGCGGGAAAAACAUUGCCAGUUUUCUUUUUCGUGAAUGAACACAACGACACAAACAUGAAGCCUCAAGCUAAAAAUCAACGAUUUUGAAAGUUAUCCCAUCAGAGAAACAGCAGCUAGUGGAGGAGGAUUUAGUAAGUUUUAUUUACCCUCGGACACUAGAAAAAAUACAAUUGGUUGAAUUUUGUCCGGAACUCUACUCGAGAGUAAAACGGAAAUUAAGGUAUGGAUUUUAUCGGACCUGUGGUCGGUCUCGGGCCCACUAGUAAUGGAGGUAGAAGUUAAAGUGUGGCCCUCACUAGUUAGGUCUUGAACAACCUGCGCUACUGACCUCUGUACAGCAGCAGCAGGGUCGGAUGUCGGUACUGGCUCUUGAGGGGUUAUCCCUGCGGACUUCAGGCUUUCAAACACAGCCGAAGAAAUAGCACUCGUGAUGCUGGAAACCAUAUCCUGAGAGACAACGGAACUCGGGGCCGCGGGACUUGAGACUGAGGAUGGCCCGCUGAUCGCCGGCUCUCGUGAAAGUUCGCUCGGGUGCGGCACUUCGCGCGGGUUGAGAGUAGAAACCGAGUGUCGAGAGGUCGAGUGUCGAGGUGUCGAGAGGUCUGCUUGGGCCUCUUGGACUUGGUGGGGCGAGAUGAACUGCUGGCCCUUGGGCGUUUAACUUGUGUGCUGGAGGCUGUUGCAUUAGAACUGCGCUUUCCUCUAGUCAUCAUCGUGGAAUAUGGUUUGAUUUCUAGCAAAUCUAGACCGCAAGCAGAGGAACUUGAAUAAAUAAGCCCAAGGCGUGGGUAUGGGAGAUAAAAUAGUGAAAUAGUGAGUGGGGAGGGAGGUGGGGGGUUCUAAUCCAGUAGCAUUCUGCUCAAAAUAUAAAUUGGAGAGAGAGAGAGAGAAAAAAAAAAAAAAAACGGAACCGGCAAUAAAAGAAAAAUCGGCAGCAUGUUUGGCAAUUUCCAAAUUGGAGACGCCGCAGUCAACAUGCUUAAGUGCCGGAAAGAGGAACCGGUCCGUAAAAUAAGUACAAUAUCUUAUAACAAAAGAUAAAACUCUCCUGUCCGCGAUAAAGCACGGUUACAACGAAAGUAGAAUGCAUGACUGGAUAGACAAGUUGGAAUCUGUCACUGAGCCUCAGAAAAAGUGGCUAACUUCUUCAAGGCGAAUAGUAAGGGUCCCCUAUAGCUACGAUAAAGAGCAUAGUUGCCCGCUUCGUUCAAAUGAACGCCAUCUCGGCAUAAAACAGCAAUAGAUGGGCUUUGAAGCCCUCUAUGGCUCCACGCUUCAGCAUAAGGGAGUGGUUCGAGGACCACUUUUAGAUAUUUAUUGAGAAGGUCUACUUUGUGGCUGAAAUCGGGAACGUGUGGAGGAAUAGCAGACCGGUAAAUUACUAGGCAUACCAUUAUAAAUUCUGCUCCGCAGUGAUCAUGGAGGACUUGAACUAAAUGUUCAAUAUCUGAACCAACAGAUUCGGGGCGCUGCCCCACUACACACAAAUCAUUAGUUCCCAGUUCUAAAAUGAUAACCUUUGGCUGAAAAGCCUAAAUUUUGUCCAAAUCAAAUGACAGCAUUUUAGAGACGGUUCCACGCCCAAUGCCUAGAAAAGAUACAGUUUCGUGAGCCAAGUUCAUGUCGUGAGCGGCACGCCUAUCGUGAUGUUCGGUGAGGACUGAUGUAAACGCCUCACAAAGGAAUGACCAAGAAUGAGAAUGUUGGAGGUAUUAUCCAUAACAGCAAACAGUUGAAAACAAUAAGGAAAUGAGAUAUACUUAACGUUUGUUGUGUUGAAUUCCCAAGUCGAUUGCUUGUUCAAAGGAUAAGCGGGUCAGCUAUCGAAGAUUCAGCUUGAUGUCAACUUUCAGACCGAGAGGAUUAACGAAAGGUCUCACCCUCUUAUAAAGGGUCUCCGCGAGAUAAUGAGAUCGAGGCUAAGUAAAUUUACUGCGAGUGGCCUUAUCAUAGGAGCUCGUGAUUAUUAGCGGAGCUCCUCGCGCGCGCGAAGCGCGCGGAGCGGAGCACCAUGGGUAAGAAAAUUUGGUAAACUAUCCAUCCGAGAAAAUUUGGUUAUGACGUAGAGUACGCCCACCCGUACACACACUUCAUGUAAGCCGAUGUCAAAUGUCACAAUAGAUCUUGCACAACUUGACUAGCCUCUUAGUUAUGUAAGCCAUCCGUAUGAGUGCGAUUAGAUUGACAGCUGUCAAAAUCAGACAUCCGCUGACAAUUAUCACAUGACCAUCUCGCGGGCUCAGAUGAAAGACCAGUCGUUUUGCCCAUACAUAUAAGCUGAUAUAAUAUGUCGCACUUACCAAUUCAACAAAAAAAGGAAACUACACCGGGCAAGGCUGUCAGUUGGCUGACAGUCGUUUAAAGUUAUAUUGGCAAGCCAAGUUAAGGUCAAUUGACAGCUGUCAAAAUGGGACAUGUGCAGGCUACUAUCAGAAAACUAAUAACGUGGGCUCAGGUUCGCUCAGGUACACGAUCUGGCAUUUUCCACUACAUGCCGGACGGAUAUGUCUUCCUCACACUCGUAGUCUGUUAAUUCGAAUAUUCGCCAUUCUAAUGAAGGUUAAUUGACAGCUGUAAAACUAGAGUAUACGCUAACCAUCAUCACCUGAGUGUAUCGCGGGCUCAUUUGUCUGUCCAUUGAGGUCACGUAGUGUUUAAAGUUUUGCGCUGAUAUUUUAUUUGAUCACUGGCUCAAUUCGAAGUCCCAUAGCGGAGAAAAUCUAUCCAUCUUAGAAAAUUCGGCCAUCACGUGACCGUACACCGACCACCCGACCUUCCGUCCGUCCGCACCACAGGCAUACCAACGUUUAAUCUCGCACUUUCUAGCUAGUUUGGGAGCCUACAACCUGAUAUUGUACAUCCAUGUUUUGAUUAAUUGACAGCUGUCAAAAUAGUGUUUCUGCUGACCAGUAUCGCCUGACCCUAUCGCGGGCUCAGGUAUCGACCCACUGAGUUCUAGUGUUUUUUUUAAGGUAUCCGCUAACAAGUUGCUACUUUUCAAUCAUCGCAGGCUCAAGUUCAAUUUUUUUAAAAUGCAUAUGAAAUAAGUCGAGUUCAUGAGCCGCACUUUUAAAAUGUUGAUUUCGAACUGACCUCGGACGCGAAAAUUCAACCGGCUUUUACAUUUACAUGCAGGGAAAGCAAUCACUUUUGACUUUUCUCACUGUCACGCGUUGAUCACGCUCUACGUCCAAUUUUUAUGUUCUGAUUGGUCAAAAUUUGACAGGUGAGUUCAUGCGGAAAAUUUAUGCAGCGUCUGGAAAUUGCUUACUGAUAGCUGGAGCUUACAGAGUUUUGUGUCAUCUUGUGAUGUUUUAAGCUGUCUUUUUCUACUUGGUGUACAAAAUGAAAUACAGCUGCUAUCAAGAUUGUUCCUUAAUUCAUGGCUGGUUUGUUUAUUGCGCUUCUUGUUGACAAAUGCACCGCUUGUCAAAGUCAUUGGAAAUCCGAUUUCAGAUGGCAUCGUUUUCAAACUGAGCUUACUCACUUGCCCUUGCUUGAGGCGUAAGAGGGUUGAAAAUUCUAGAACACUUGAUGACCUUCAGAAGCAGCAUCUCGACUGGUAAGCCUGAGAAAUUGUUGUCUUUGAUGUGUUUUUUUUUUCCGGUUUCCUGAAGUCGAGCGUAUGGUUUAUGCGGCUUUAAGUUUAUCAGCUGAGUUUAUACACGAGCAAUGAUCUAACCUACAAUAGUAUCAGGUUUAAAAAGCCUUUCGUCAUUUUUUUUGACCGCAAAUUCAAAGAAAAUGUUCCGAAGAUUAUUUAGUUAUGAGUUUGGCUGUAAACAGAAAGCUCUGAGCGAUUUUCUUGCCUCCAGUUCAUCUUGAAAAAGAGCCAACACCGGGAAGCCGACUUAAAACAUAAAUAAGCUUAUGCUUACCCGACUCAUGAUUUUCAGAGACACUUUACUCUCAAUACUUCUCUUCGUGAAUGAAAAUUAUUGUCUCUGUAAAUGUUUCACCGCAUUAUAUUUAUUUUAUUGAUUGUUAGUAGUCCCUCUCGCAAUUUUUAUCGCUGCACCGGUUGUAUCCAGUCGAACAUAAACAUCGCAUGCAGGAAUACUCAAAACGCCGCGCGUAAAUAUCACUCGCUUUUAAAGAUUACACAUAGCAAAACCAUACGCAGUUUAAUAAAGAAAGGGAAAUAAAACCUAAACAUAACAAUUUAUCUCUCAUGUUGAAGCGUAAAUGGUAACUCUAUUAAUCGCACUGCAAAUUUGGUGCCUGUCAAAAGUGAGACCCGUCCGGCUGGCCGAAAAGUGAUUUUGUGAAUUUUUUUAUCGUUUUCAUUAAAAGCCCAUAAUUAUUACCCUGCAUAUCACAUAGGACCAGAUUUUUCUAACUGAAAAGUCCCGGCAUUAUAGAAUUCUCUCUCCCUUUUUCGCUUCCAUCUUUCCCCUUUCCCCCAGAAGCGCCUGAUACUCAGGCUAAAUUCAUUGCUAUAAUUUGUUGUGCAUCUGAUCGUCGUGGAUAUUGAAUGAGUGCAAAUUGUGAAAAACUGCAGAAUUAUAGGUUUAAAUAGGGCAAAAAAGAACAAAUUCUGUCCAAGGUCUGUAUGAUAAAAACAAGGGCCUCAUAGUACUGUUUACCUGAGAGGUGAUGAGAAAAAGUAUGUUUAAAAGGCUGGUUUAUACGCCACCAGAUUCGUCGCCAAGAUUUACUAGUAAACUAAAAUCCGGCCUGAUUUUUUAUUUUGGCCUCUCUUUUAGACAGAGGAAUGUAACGUGUAAAUUUGCUGCCACCAAGGACUAUCGUGGCGCGUGUGUUUCUUAAAAUUAUAUUUCGGGGUUGUCCAAUUAUCCAUAGUCUAAACGGAGCAAUGUUGGAGAGAGUGGUGAAUGCCACAUUAGUCUAUGAUGCAACAGCUAAUGCAAAUACAAUACACGAAUAGGUAGGUCUAUUUGUUUUCCAGGCCUAAUCUACUGUGAUCGCAGGGGCACCCAACGACAAUUUUCGGAAGAAUAUCUGUUCGGAAGACGAUUUUAGAUCUAGAAUUUUCGGAACAUUUGUUGUAAAAUUUCUUGCUUACCUGCCUCUCCUAUGAUUUUCGAACAUCAAAAAAAUGGUAUAAUAUUUUUAACGGAUUUUAACCCUAAAAAGGUCACCUAGAAUUUUCAGGAGCCUUUUUUCUGGCUGAAAUUUUCGAAAAGGUAAGUUUUCAUCUCUAUAAUUUUCGGAUCACUAGGUUUUCAGCUAGGAAAUGCGAACAGAUGAAAAAUUUUUAGGGGAUGAAAAUAUGCCUAUAUCUACCGUUUAAAUACUAAAAUACGUUUAACAGUGCUAUGUUUAAGUGGUUUUGAACUAUAUUCUCGUUGGGUGCCCCUGUGAUCGAACAUGAUUGCUAUUUUUGGGUGUACAAAUAAGACUAUUUAAUAACUCGAUGUAAAAGCUGUUUCACUCUUGGACUGUCAAAUUAUUUUUCUCUUAAAUCACUUAGCCUUUGCCUCAAACGUCAAAUGAAUGUGCCCUGAUCUGUGGAUUACAAGUUUAUUGUUUGAUUUAAAUUUGAAUUUAUUAACGGGAGCUUCGCUUUUAGCCCUGGCUAAAGCUAUAUAUUACCCAAAAGUAAUUUUACUUUUCGUCUUGUGAUUCUCAUGCGGUCGUAAACCGUUGUAAGAUAAUUCAAAGUUCACAUUCGAGAGCGUCUAAGCCUUUGAAGCCGCAAUUGACCCCACCCCCCAAAAAUCCAUGCAUUAAAGAAAUUGGAAGGGGAGACAUAAAAUUUUUUAUUUGGUUCCAAAUAAACUCAUAUUAGAAGAUCAAGACUAUAAAGAUUUAAUAAGUUUUAUUUACCCUCGGAUACUAGAAAAAUACAAAGAUGUAGAAAGCGAGCAACUUCUUUGGGAAUUGAUAAAGAUGGAACUUCGAGCCAUGACCAUGAGCUAUUCCAAGAAAAAAAGAGCUGAGGUUAAAAAACGUGAGAUUGUCCUCCAACACAAUUUAUAUGAACUGGACUAUAAAGUUUGCACCUCAUAUCCUAGAUCAAUAUGACGCAGAGAAAAACGAAUUGAAUUCUUUGUGCGAAUUAAAAGGUUAAGAGGCAAUUUUUAGAUCCAAAGUUAAGUGGAUAGAACAAGACGAAAAACCAUUAAAGCCCAGAAAAGAAAAACUAUGUAACGAAAACCUUGCUUCAAAUUAAGUUAGAUGGUGGUGAAAUCACUUCGCAGGCGCGGAUCCACACCGGUUUCCACCGUUUUACGGAAAUCGGUCACAUUUUUCAUAAUAAAUAUAAUUUUGAUAAUAAAAACACUUCCAAGGUUGGAAUCUGACCAGUAUCCUGUCUGAAUGACUAUGAAAUCCAGGAAAGGGGACUUUAAGGAAUGAAAAUCCAACAAAUUUCCUGCGGGAUCCCGUCUCCGGACCCCCCUGGAAGCUUACGCGUUCGCCGCUCGUUUAGGAAAUUGGUUGGUAUUUAUCCUAGAUCCGCGCCUGCUUCGGAUAUGAAGAAGAUAAAUAAACAAAUAGAGGUGUUUUUUAGCGAAACAUACAAAUGCAAGCUUACUGAUGUCCCGCUGUCUGAACAGGAAUUAGGCCUCAAUGACUUUAUUCAAAACUUGGAAAUUCCACGUCUGUCUAACGAGGAACAAGCGACGUUUGAACAUGACUUAACUGUACAAGAAAUUAAAAAUGUGUUACAUUCUUUUGAGAAAAGUAAAACUCCUGGUGAAGACGGUUUCACCAAAGAAUUCCAUGAAACUUUCUUUGACCUUUUAAAACAGAAUCUACUUGUUUCGUAUAAUGAAGCUUUUCAGAAAGGCCGUCUCUCAGUAUCCCAGAGAAGAGGAGUAAUUUCUUUAAUUCCGAAAAUGACAGCGAUGACACUACUCUGAUAUCUAAAGACACCAAUUCCCUUAAAUUCUCGAAACAGAUCAUCGGCAGUAUAUCUGGUUUAUCUCUAAAUAAGAAAAAAACCUAAGCAACGUGGAUUCGCUCCUCAAAACAUAAAAAAAAAACAAAAUAUUGGAAUUUCACAUCAUAAAAGACCCCAUUAAAAUACUAGGGGCGCACUUGUCGUAUAACGCAGACAAGAACAACGAUGCCAACUUAUGCAGCAAGAUUCCUAAAAUGAAAACUAAACUAAACCUCUGGUAAACGCGUGACCGUACGCUUUUUGGCAAAUCGUUCUAGCCAAAACGCUUGGUGCCUCUCAGUUAAUUUACACUGCUCCUCUACUGACUGUCCCUGAUGCAGUAACACGCGCGGCUCAAAGCCUCCUGUUCCUCGUUUUUGUGGAAAAAUAAGAAAGAUUAAAUUAAAGGAAAUGUUGUAUGCCAGUCACUUGAAAAUGGUGACCUUGAUUUACAAAUUUUGAAAUUAUGGUAAAAUCUUUGCGACUAGCCUGGAUAGCUAGACUGAUUAGCAACUCUGACGAUAAUUGGAAGGCAAUACUGAAUUUCUAUUUCGACAAAUAUGGCGGCCUGCCCUUCCUUCUUAAGUGCAACUACAAUACUGCAAUUCUUGACAACAAUCUACCUUUAUUCUACCGUAAGUUAUUAGAUUAUUUCCAAGAACUAACGAAAUUCUCAAAAUACGAUAAAAACAAUGACCUCAUUCUUUGGAAUAAUAGGAGAAUAGGCCACUUGCACUAAGAGGUCACGUGACCAAUGCUUCCUUUGAACAAUAAGUUGGAAUCUUGCUGAUGCCAAAAAUUGACAGAGCACAUAAAAAAUUUCUUACACCCGAAAUUUGAGGGGAAACGCAUUUAAGGGAGAUAUUUUAUGGCACUUUGAUUUUUCAACAAAGUAGUAUCAUUUGUAUUGGCCACCAUGUUGGAGGGCAUACUCUUGCCUUCCAACAUGGCGGCGAAAAUUAAUUUUUGCUAAGAUCUUGUUAAACGUUUGAUAGUUAAGCUCAGAUGUGCUGUAAACGUUCCCACAUCAACUUUUCAACAUUCUCCUUGAAGUUUAAGAGUUAAUUCAUAAUUUCAAAAAUCGCAUUUUGGUCACGUGACCAACUACGAACUUACUCAUUUCAAGAAAAUGGUGCAGGUUUGAAAAACAAAAUCACUAUUAUUUUGUUCAAGACAUGACCCACUAAUCGUUUAUCGAAGAAAAAAAUCAUAUAACUUUCAUUUUCAUAAAAACGAUGUCACAUGACCUCUUUUUUAUAGUGCAAAUGGCCUAUUACGAUAGUAAGGAAUGGUGUCUUCUGGAAGCAAUGGUUUGAUCAGGGUGUUUCUUUCAUUAGUGAUUUAAUGAACUUAAAUGGUAAAUUUCUAACCUUCGAAGAAUUUCAAAGUAAAUUUGAAAUUAAAGCUAACUAUUUGCAUUACUUUCAAUUAAUUGCUGCCAUUCCUACGGAUUUGAAACGGAAGGCAUUUGGUUCCACGGUUCCUGAUCUGCUCGGAUCAACUUCAGAGUACUGUCAGAGGGAAGAUAGAACAAUAGUCUUAACCAAAUUCCGCUGUAAAAAUUAUAACAGUCCGUUCAUCGAGAAAGUUGUUUCAGAACCCUCCGCAGUAAGGGCUUGAAAGAGAAGCUUUUCAGAACUUCCUGUUUGGGGUGAUUGUUUUGUGAAUAUAUACAAGUCCUUGAAAGAUAAUAAGCUUAGACAAUUCACUUUUAAGGUUGUGCACAGAAAAAUAACGACAAAGAAAGAACUACUGAAAUAUAAAUUAGCCUCUGAUGACAAAUGUCCUUUCUGUUUAAAUCCAGAUUCAAUUGAACACACCUUUUUAUAUUGUCAAGAGUCAAAGGAAUUCUUUUCCAAGACUUUAAGGUGGUUUAAUGAAUAUCAUGAAGAGAACGUACAACUUGCAAACACGCCGAGAGUGACAUAUCAGAUAGGUGAUCGAACUAUACUGGAUAGCUUUUCGUGUAGGCUCGAAAAGCUUUUUUGUAUAGUGUGAACAUAGCCUCAGAAUCACGUUUAAGGCUAACGAGAAAUAUCAAUUUGUACCGGCCACAUGAUCGAAUUUUGCCUUUCUAAUGUAAAUUUCAUUUUAUUUACCCAAAAAAGACGUUUUAUGACAAUUUCAUCCAUAAAAAUUAUUUUGGUCAGUUCUUAUCUGCUUAUUUCUUGACACUUUCUUAAAAAUGUAGCUGAAAAGCACCUAAUUUUUUAGCCUGCGAAACAGGCGUUUUUUUUUGGCGUUUUCAGGCGAGCGAAGGUAAGCGGGGGGCGGGCGUGGAGCGCCCUCCCCCGUCGCGCAUAUGUGGUGCUCAUCGCUCGCUUUGUGCUCGCCUUCGCUGGCUUGAAAAACGGGUCCCUGCCAAAAAAUACACUUGUUGUGUGAAACCUUGUAACCACAAUAAAUGGGCAAAGCUCAGCCUCAAAAAAUUAUCCUCGAUAUUUAUUGUAACUGCAUUUUUACCACAAGUUAGUCCACUAACCGGAGCCACUAACUUAGAAUGAUGAAAAGAAUAACUGCAAAAAGACUUAAUAGUUUGGUUUACAUUAUUUUUCAGGAGCAACUGCUAGCGCUAUCAAGGAUUGGAACAUGGAAGAGAAAGUAUCCUUUACUUGAUCUUAACACAUUGAUCAGACUGUAAUUGACCAUGUGGGUUUACGCAAGGAAGAAGAUGGGGUGGAGGAGAGUGGGCAGGUGUCAGGGACCUUCUUUAGGAAGGUUAUAAAGGACAUGAAAUCAUCUUUAAACCAACUGUCCGAAAUUAUUUUAAAGUGAGAGCUGUUUUUAUUAGGUUUCCCUUUUCCUUAUUUUGAAAAUUUUAUGUCUUUUAUGUUGUUUUUAGGCUCUUUUCAAUUAAGUUUUUUACACUAAAACUUUUACUGAUUUUUAUUGUGUUUAGCAAAUUUUAUCAAUGUUAAUAUCUCUAUGAUCAGUUUAAGAUUUAAAAAUGACGUUUUUUUUAGUUUUUAAUUGUGAAAUACUAGUUAAGCGGGGAUUUCACUUUUAAGUAGUGUCUAAAUUGUCAGGGAACCUAAUGUAACUUUGUGUGGCCCUCAAAAGGACGCCCCGUUACAGACUUUGUACCUCAAAAACCGUAUCUUAUCUUAACUUGACAUACAAGUACUCUGUACCCCUCUACACCGCGUGGGCUUGUCACGCUCGCAGAUAAAUGUUUUACCUUUUCGUUUCAGAAAGAGAAAUAGCCGGAAGAAUUUGCACGAUUCUCCAGUUUAAUAUGUUCGUUUAGCUUAAAAUGAGUUCAGUUAAUGUGUCUUUUUCUAUUCACAGUCAGCUAAGAUUCCAAAAAAGCAGCCAUUUUUUUUGAAAAACGUCCCGAAACUUUUCGGGAGGGGUGAGCCUGUGACACCCACCCUGAAAUUAUCGGGUGGAAAAAUUAGUGAAUUAAAUAUGUGAUCUUCGAUUUUACUCGUUUUGAGAAAUACGGCUUUAAAUCGUUCUCGAAAGCUUUUCAGGCGAAAUUUUGUUUCAUUCGGAACGCCCUUGCCAUGGCAUGUUAUUUCCAGUGUUGAUGAAAACGGACGUUUCUCAGCGCGAAUACAUUAUUCGGAAAAGGGAGUUACUAAUCAAAGCGUGCAGUGACACCAUGGAGUAAGAAAUCCAUGUCCAUACAGCUGACCAUACAGCGCCGUUCGACCACCCUGCACAUCUAAUCCAACAUAAACGGACCGCAUUAAAACAGACAUGAAAAUGAAAAUAGAUGAUGUGUAGGAUAGUGUGCACAGGAACACUGACGAAUAAGUAAGCUUUAUUUGGUGACUCUCUUUUAUUGAGACUCCACCGCUAAUUAUUUUAUCCUUGACUCUCUAUUGGCAGCACAUUACACCCUCGGUCUUCGAUAUUCAAAUUGUCAGUUUGCCCGUCUGCGAACCCCAGCUCGUGACAGAAAUAACACACAUUAUACAAGUAGGCGAAACGGUCGAAAAACUCGGCAUCAGCUAUGCCUUGCAAUUUGAUUUCGAAUACUGGAAAAGAAACAAUUUACUUACAGAUUACCUACUGGGAAGAGCGUACAUGAGUUACAGAGUCGUUGAAACUGACACUUUCAGUAUACUAAGCUUUCUUGAUACAAUCCUUGUGCAUAACAAAGCGCGUCAAAACGUAGAUUUUAAUAGUGGCAUCUACCAUGCCACUAUCGGGAAUUUAAGUUCCGCCAUACACUACCUUGAACGCCACCUUCGAAGCAAGGGAAUAUCAUCAGACAGGUCGCAAGAGGCACACGCUUAUAGAAUUCUUGGAAUCUGCUAUGCCGGUGUCGGGGAAUUCAGUAGGGCCAUAGGCUACCUUGAAGGUCACCUUCAAAAGGCGAAAGACUUAAAAGACGUUUCACAAGAAGGAAACGCCUAUUUGAAUCUUGGCAUUUGCUAUGCCAUUUUCGGGGAGCCUAAAGAGGCCAUAGACUACCUUAAAAGUUUCCUUCUAAUCGCGAAAACAUUAGAAGACAGGCCACAAGAGGAAGACGCGCAUGAGGUUCUCGGCAUCUGCUAUGCCAGUGUCGCUGAUUAUAAAAAGGCCAUAGACCACCUUGAAAGUCACCUUCAAAUCGUGAAAGAAAGAAAUGAAAUAGGGGGGACACUGAAUACAAAAUUGGAAAAAGCGUAUAAGAAUCUUGGCCUCUGCUGUGCCAGUGUCGGGGAUUAUGAAAAGGCCAUGCAGUACUUUGACCGUCACCUUCAAACCGCGAAAGGAUCAUCGCACAGGUCAGAAGAAGCAAUUGCGUACAUGUAUCUUAGCUUCUGCUAUAUCGGUGUCGGGAAUAGGAAAGAGGCCAUAAACCACUUUGAACGUCACCUUAAAAUGGCGGAAAAAAGACCACAGUUAUCAGGAAUGGGAAACUGGUCUGGGAAUCUUGGCAUCUACUGUGCCAGUGUCGUGGAUUGUAAACAGGCCAUACAACACCUUGAACGUCACCUUCAAAUCGCAAAAGAAUUAUCUUACAGAUCACAAGAGGGAAUUGCGUAUGGCAAUCUUGGUGUCUCUUAUACAAGUCUCGGAAAUUUUAUAAAGGCAGCAGACUGCCUGGAACGCCAACUUGAAAUUGCGAAAACAUUGGGAAACAGAUCACAAGAGGGAAUCGCGUAUGGGAAUCUUGGCAUCUCAUAUGCAAGUCGUGGAGAUUUUAAAAUGGCCAUAGAUUUCUUCGAAAGUCAACUUGAAAUCGCGAGAGAAUUGGAAAACAAGUCACAAGCGGGAUGUGCGUACCGUAAUCUUGGCAUUUCCUAUGCAAGUCUUGGUAAUUUCAAAAUGGCCGAAGACUGCCAUGAACGUCUACUCGAAAUUGCGAAAAAACUCUCAAAGGGGUCACACAUGUUGCGCUCGCUUAGAAAUCUUGGCCCCUCCUAUGUAAAGGAAAAGGCUGUAGACCUCCUUGAACGUGAACUAGAGACUGCGUUAAAUUUGAGAGACAUGGUUCAAGAAGGAAGCGUGUAUAGGUGUCUUGGAAACGUCUAUUACAAUCAUGGUUUUUUCGAAAAAUCUAUAGAUUAUCAUGAGCGCCGUAAACAAGUAGCGAAAAAAUUGGGAAACAGAUCAGAGGAAAGUAGUUCCUACGAAAGUCUUGGCAACGCCUAUCUAAGUCUCGGGGAUUUUGAUAAGUCCAUCCUUUACUUUAAUCUUCAAUUACUAAUCGCGAAAGAAUUAGGAGACAGGUUGCAAGAAGGAGGCGCAAAUGGAAAUCUUGGAAAGGCUUUUUACGGUGUCGGAGAUUUUUCACAGGGCUUGAGCCACUUUGAUCAGCAACUGACCAUUGCGAAAGGAGCUGGGCAUAAGUGGCAAGAGGGAAGUGCGAAUGAAAAUCUUGGCAACGUCAAUUUUUGUCUUGGAGAAUUGAAAAAGGCCAUAUACCACUUUGAAUGCCAGCAAAAAGUCGCAAAUGCAGUUGGAAACAAGUCCCAAGAGGAAAGCUCGUACGAGAACCUUGCCGACACACAUCGCAGACUCGGAGAUUUCAAAACAGCCAUGGACUACUGUGAACGCCACUUAAAGGCUACAACUGAGCUUAAAGGUAGGUCGCCUGAAAGAGUUCACGAGAAUAGUCGAUUAGCUAGGCAAAGUUGAUAAGGUUAAUCUUGAGUUAAUGACAAAACCUAGCAUACUAGGUAAAGCGAAUUGUGGUGGUAUUAAAGUCCGCAUGAGCAAGAGAUAUUACCUGAAAAUCUGGGAUCGAUUUAAUAAAACUUUACAAGUGUAAUCUACAAAUGUAGCUAUUGUUUUCAGACUCUAAAAGAAUGGCUACACUUGUAAGAGUUUUAUUAAAUUGACCCCUGGUGUCUUCAGAAGUAAAGUUGAGUUCAUGUUUACGGCAGCGAACGAAAUUGAAGAGAAAGUGAUAAGUAAUGAUCCUUGCAGUUGAACACAGUUUAUGCAAUUGCGUAAGAAGAUCAUUCUUCAUUUGAUUUCAUUUCCGCAGUUCUUAUAUAUGGUUUAUUUCAUAUACAUUUGCCACAUUCAUCUCUUUCACGGGAACAUAUGAACACAUAAUUGACCAGUUCACAACAUCAGUGGCUUCAUAGGUUAGUUGGUUAGAGCAUCGCACCGGUAUCGCGAGGUCACGGCAGGUUCAAAUCCCGUUGAAGUCCUGAUUUUUUGUUCAGGCUUCUUACGCAGUUGCAUAAAUUGCGUUCACAACUGCGAGGAUCAUUCUUCGUUUGAUUUCAUUUCCGCAGUUCUUAUGUAUGAUUUAUUUCAUAUGCAUUUGUCACAUUCAUCUCUUUUACGUGAACAUAUGAACACAUAAUUGACCAGCUCGUAAGAUCAGUGGCUUCAUAGCUUAGUUGGUUAGAGCAUUGCACCGGUAUCGCGAGGUCACGGGUUCAAACUCCGUUGAAGUCCUGAAUAUUUUUCAGGCUUCUUACGCAAUUGCAUAAAUUGCGUUAACAACUGCGAGGAUCAUUCUUCAGUUGAUAACCAUCGCCUGUAAAGCGAGGUUGACGAUAGAUGAGAGUUGAUGACUCGGGUUACAAAAAAGUGUCCGAUGUCCGUAUUAACCUCGGUCCGUAUAAAACAUGUUAAUAUAAUAAAUAUAUUUAAGGGACUGUGUCACGACAGUGCGCAUGUGUUAACUGUGACGGUAGUUGAUUGUUUUUAAACCAAUCGGAAGCGAGCAAGAUGCACGCAAGGAAAUUUACAUAAUUCAAAAUUCGUUGCUCGCGAAGCGGGAGACUUCUGGACGUUUUAGUUGCAUUUUAUAUAUCACCAUAAUUCAUAUUUAUUCUCUGGUAUUCCUCAGAUAUAUGUUGCAGCCAAUAAGAAUACGAUUAAACCCUGUCCUGCUUUGAAAGAAACAUUUUACCUACGUGUAUUUUUAUGUACCCACACUAGCAAACCAGUCUACGAUCCGCAAACAAAAAUAAUUUUUAAACAAACCUUGCUAAUCACUGUUUACCCUAUAUGAACUUAGAAAUACCUGCAAAUUGCGCCUGACCGGUGACCAAAACAUCCAGUAUCGAAUUAGGCAAACAUUUUGCUUAAAAUGCCAGCUAAAUGCGCAUCAUAAUAAAAUAAGCCAUGCGUGCGGUUAGCGCGAUGAACAGUCUGCAUGAACCGCACUGUAACCCCGGGACUGCAACUCAGACGUUAUCGAGUUCAACACAUAAAGAAACCAGAUAAUAAACGGAAUAUUCAGGCAACACUUUAUUUUUAUAAGAUCAAUUCUUAAACAUGUACGCUCAUACAGCAAAGAUACAAGGAACAUUCCGAGUGAACCACAUCGGUAAAGAUCGCGCUGCCUAUUGUCAGUACUUUCUGGUAUACAACUAAGGACCGGAGUCAUAAAUCGAAUGCCUGUUAAAACGUUUCAUGUUCGAUGGAUUCUUUCCUUAAACCUCACACGAAUUCCUGUACAAUAAAAGAUUGCUGGGUUUCUCCUUCUGAUUCCAAGCACCCGAGAGAGUAAAUUGUUGCAGACAAUCGGAAGUCACGUGGCAGAUCAGCUUCACUCGCCGCUGUGUUCUAUUUGUAGUCCACGGCUGUAUCAAGGAAGACCCUUUUCAACUUUCUUUACAUAUUUAACGUUUAAAACCUAACCGAAAAAGGUAGAUCGUUGACUGGAGAACUUAAUACACAGAAAUGAAAGCCAGAUGACCAUAUUAAACACCACAAUUGAUCCGUUAGUGGGAACACUGACAACAAAUAAUAUGCCUUCGUGCACUUCUCCUCAAUGACUUCGAAUUUUCUCGACAAUGCUUGCACUAAAAUACAAAAUAUGGCGUUUAGAACUUCCAAACUGGACCAAAUAGCGCUUGAAUACUGAUAUAAUAGCUUUCUCGGGCGUCUCAGGGUCGGUGUAAGAGGAUUUUUUCACCAAAAGCCAAUCUUGAAAAAAGGUUCGCCAGAACAGAAAUCAAGAUGCCGCACAUGCGCAGAAGCGUGUCACAGUCCCUUUAAGUUUUUCGCGGAGACAAACGAAACUGCUCGUCAAAUACGGGUGUCCGUAUUCAGCGAGUGUCCUGAUUCACCCUUUUACAAACGGUAAACACAUUAUACUUUGAAUGUGAACUCACAAUUGACCUGCCCUCCAACAGCUAAGUGAGUCUGUUUUAUUUUGUUUUUGUUUUUACAACAAGGUGACCUCAAGGCGGUAAACAUCGAAGACGUCAUUACCAGUGAAGGAGGUGUAGUGGCUGGAGAGAAUGUCAGGUUGGUUUGCCCCACUGGAGCUGUUGACGAUUUCUUAUAUGUAAAGAUAACAUUAGAGGAUCCGUCAAAUUACUAUUGUAUGAUCGCCUCAAAGGAUCUUGAAAAUGAUGUCGUGAUAGCUGCACCAAUCGUAAAUCUUCAGCCCAAUGGCCAUUUGUUUAAGAAACCCCUUAAGUUGACAACUGCACUCAAAAUCAAGCGUUUCAAGAGAGACGAUGUUUUCAUUUUGCAUGGCACAGAGGCUAGGGAUGGAAAGGUCACAUGGCAAGACGUCACUCGAAACUCAAAGAUCAAUCAGGCAACCGCAGAAGUAGUCAUUGAAUUGGAGCAUUUCUCACGCAUUUUGGUUCUGUUACGUUGGACGUUGAUCUGCGCUAAAGACAUUCUAUCCAGACUCGAUUUACUUUCGUUUAAGUAUACGUUACUAGUGUUGUUGAACAAGAACAUUCCCUCUUCAGUCCACGAUGUGCUUGCUCUACUGUUCGUGAGCCAAGACCUCUACCAUGAACAAUUCUACAGAGAGAACGAGACUUCAGCCCUAGUGCAGCUCAAGAAGGAAGGUUUCAUGGAGGUCCACUUGCGUGCCGCUGACGUAUUGGAUGAAAAGCGAAUCUACAACCAUGAAAACCUUCAAGUGAGUAUUCAACUCGGAGAAGACUACAAACUAGCUGACUGCCAGGACAGAAUUAUUAGUUUCAGUGUAGAUUCUUCUGUCUGGUGGAGUGGAGGAAAGGUAAUCAAACUUCCUCUGGAAUGGAAAAGCGAAGUGCGAUGUCUGUGUGGGACAAUCAGUGUUCAAGGAGAAAAUGGGCAUGCGAGCAAGAGGCAUUUUAGCGAAGGAGGUAAAUGUGUGUAGCUAUAGCAUACUCAACCUAGAAUUAUGCCCAUGGUGUCAUAGAUCAGGUCCACGACAGUGACUUAGCGUGAUAUGUCUUUUUCUGCAACGCUAUUCAGACCGGGGAGUUGGUCUUUUGAAGCCCUCCUUACUAAAAACUUUACAAAUCGAAUUGCUUAAAAACCGUUCGAGCUAUAACCGCUGUAUAAUUUUGGUGGCCGUAUCAUGAGCGGUUUUGAAGUUACUGUUAGGGAGGGUCUCCAAAGUCUCCCCUGGUCACAGGAAGCAAAAAUAAAAAGGCCAGUCUGGUUAGGGUUAAACUAAGAGCGCUUACUAUUUGUCAGAACUGGCCGGCCAGACCAUUCCUAAAUGAAUAAGAAUUUCAAUGUGCAGGCAGAUAAUUCCUAGAUAAUAUGCAUGCAGUUGAUGGAUUUUGAAGCCAAAACCCUUUAAAAAAGCCUAUUUCAGUUUGGUUAUCGCCCUAAGGCAUGGCCAUUUGUUGAUGACUGAUGUAGUCUGGUUUUUGUCAUUGCUACAACAUCAACCUUAAACACAUAGAGUGAAAGAAUGGUGAAUUUGGGGUGUGUGUGUUGGGGGGGGGGGGGGGGGGAUUUUGUUUAUAGAUACCACAAACAGUACAAAAGAGGAGAGAAGAAGGGGGGUGGUUGGGGGGUGUGUGGGGGGGGGGGGGGGGGGGCGGUAUUUGUUCAAGACCACACUCGAGACCUUUUAGGCAGUUCAAAGAAAGCCAGAUGUUAAACCAAAAGUAAACUCCUCUCUUUUAUUUAGGGCAUUUUGUAUAGCACAUGUGACACCAUGCUUGACCACCUGGGCCAUAUAAGUUCCUGGUUUUGACAUGUCAUUAGUGUUUUUCUUCAUCUUUACUGUGUUAAAGUGGUCCAUAUAAGUAAGCCAACUCCGUGAAUUUUAGGGCUUUAAUACCCGGGAAUACAGUACGCACGACACUUUGGUACCUUCCAACCAGUCCCAUGAGUAAAACUCACUUUGUUCUUUAGUUUGGUAUAAAGAGGUAAAUGAAGGCUCCUGAGUUAGAGACCUUUCGUUAUAAAUGUAACAACAUGUGUGAAUUCGUGCUUCUUCUACAGAUCCUUAUAAUUAUUUAAGAAGGCUACUGGGGUUGGAACAGGACACCGCGUUUAAUGUCGUAACUAUUGCUGAGACUCUUAAAGUUCCUAAAGAGUCAAUAAAUGAAAUGAUGAAAAGUUGGAAGGACGACGAUGAGCAGUUGGAACUAAUUUUGCAGCCAUGGUCAGAAGAGAGUGCUGACGCAGAACUUUCUUCUCACAGAAGUCUUCUGGAGGGCUUAACUCGAGAAGGUUAGUUGUGCUUCAGGCGGCAUUGUGUCGUUAUUAUCUUAAUUAUGGCGCGAUGAAUCUUUUAAUUUCCUUCUCUGAAUAAAAUUUAAAGCGGGUUAUUAUUGAGUGGUAGAGGCAUAAGAUGUUGAAAACUAUUUUUAGUCCUAGUUUUUCAUCCCAGUCUUUUCCCGCCUUCUUUCUUUUCUUCGUUUGGCAGAACAUUAAAAAAAUAUUUAUCACCAGUGAAAUCGAAUUUUUCGUAUUAUUACUGCCAAUAGCUGUAGGUCCUCUGAAAUUUUAUCAGACAUCGCGUUAAAACCAAAAAAAAAGUUAUUGCAUUAUAUAUAGUAUGUCAUAAUUCAAUGCCGCGCCUCAGCUUAUAGUAACAAACUGAGCUACCUUAAGGUCUUUACCUUCGAUGGUGAUUAGCCACUUUUACAUUUUUUAAACUACUGUAUAUGUUGUUGAAAAAGAUGGCAUAGUUGGUCGGUAUCCGCCUUCUCUGUCUUCACAAACAACGUUGUGUGGGUAGGGUAAAUGGGUGGGGAAAAGGAUUUACACCACCUAUGCCAAGAAAAUCGGAAAUGAGCCACUGGCAACGUAAGGAAGUAAACUGACAAUAGUAGCUUAACAGCCUUCACAAACGACAGAUUACAACCUUAUUAGAAUUUGACGGUUAUUUCGUUUGUCGGGAGAGUGGUUAAGAGAAUAAUUUAUGCUCUGAUAUUUUUUGUCACCAGAAUACAGAGUUACACCAAGGGGCCAGAUGCAUAUCAGCCAUCUGAGACAGCUUGCCGUGAAGAUAACCGGUUUACAAGGUAUCAACACCGAUAUAGUGACGAAUUUUUCCUGUAAAGCUACCACACUCUCUAAGUCUGUGUUAAGAGAUUGUUGUAUCGAAUUAGGAAUUUCUCCUGAGGGUGUGGAAAGAACCGCCUCGUCUUCUAAUCAAGCAGAUUAUUUGAUCGAACAUUUCAUCAAACGUCAACAACUACCUGUUGAAAUUGCUAAAAACUAUAAACGAGUAUGUUCAUCUUCUAAAGAAUCGAACACCAGAAUUUUCCUGGCUAUUGUUCCUCACCUCAUUCAAAACAUCAAGGAAAUUUUCGUUGACCGUGACAGGUUAGUGCCGCAAAAUGGCUUGAAGGGUCUUCCUGAGAAAGAUAUCAGUCAAUUUUUGUCAAGCAUUUCGAAUGCCCAACAGUACAGCAGAUUCAAAGAACUUGUGUAUGUGGAGUGCCAAAUUCUUGAGAUGUUGUGCCUUGAGAAUCACAACCAGACGUCAGCCGCUGAAAUUACGAAGUGGAGCGAACGUCUAGCCAUUGACCAAAUGCUUAACUUUCUAGCAAAGUUUUUCCAGUACUGCGAGGCUGACAUGAAGCUGUGUAAGAGAUUAGACCUUUUUUGUUGCCGCUUACGAGACACAUUGUUAACCGAUGACAAGGGGGUAGACGGAGAUUUCAUGCAAGAUUUUUCCAACGUUAUAAGAGAGCUACUUGAUUUCGCCAAGUUUGAUCCAUCGAAACUGGUGAGAUUUGAACUGGUUGAUUCGAAAAACUCCACAUUGUCUUGUAACUCGUCUGGUGUUGGCAACGUGGAGCACGACGAGUAUGACGACACAUACUCUCAAACGUUCAUUAUCAAGAAAGAAUCGGAGGAUGAACUUCAACUGGGUGCGGCUGCAUGUGUGCACAUUGAUGGAUCAAUUUGCAAGAAAGGGGCAUUCCAGUCAGUUAUUAUGCUGAAUCUAUCUGGCAUGGAUGCAUUUAACAGAUGCAUGAGCCGCUUUGCUCCAGCUGACAUUGCGGUACUGAAAAUGGAAGCUGAAAACAAGCAUUCGGAAAAUCUUCAAAUCGUCCUAUGUGCGUCACAAAAAGAAAAACUAUCAGAAUUGUUACAGAUCUUCAAACGAGAACUGAACGAAGACAUGGUGGAUUUGAGCCACUCUGAGGUCUCUCAGUGCUACCUUUCAAUGCGAUGUAUUGACUUCUCGAAAGAAAAGGUCCUAAGACUCCGUCUAGUGUACAAAUGGGGUUCGGAAGCUGUUGCUCUGGACAGUAACGACUUUGUGACCUUUGCCGAUUGCUCAGCUGGCGGCGCCUGUUUACCAGAAGUAAAACGUUUUGGUGGUAAGUUUGAUUCAUUGUUUAUUGUUUGUGUUUGUUUAUCCCAUCCUAAGUUCAAUAAAUCUUUGCUUUGCUGCGUCCAGCGUUCGAACGGUCAAUUUUUAAACAAAUGUUCGAUACUAUUAUACAAUGUAAUCAGUGUCUAUCCGUCUUACUGGUUUGGGGCCUACAGUUAAUUCUGAACAUCAGUGCACCCUUAAGAUAAUUCAGUUAUUCAGUACUACAUAACUGAAUAAUCUAAUUAAAAGGCCGGCGCAACCCAUGAGUACCAAAAAUAAUACCAAGUACACGUUUGGCAAAUGGCACUUAAUAUUACACGAUGCUUUUUCAAUUAGGAAUUCUUUUACCUCCAAUAAACUCCUUACGAAAGCUGUAUCUUUCUCGCAAGCUUCUGAAGGGCCCUGGCGUGCAUGCGUGAAGGCAACAGGCAAGAGAAGGCUUGAUGUUAGGGUAGAGGGUAAUGGUAACGCCCAAAUUCCUGCUUAAGCCUGAUUAUAUAAAAUUGUGUAUCAUAUUUGAAAAAAUGGUAAAAGAGCCUUCCUCGUGGAAGCGUUCGCUAUAGCAUGUUUAAGAAGGAACGCGAAACUCGACAAAUGUUCGAAGAAGGGAGGUAUAAGAAGGCUGAAGAAGAAGAAGAAUAAUAAUACUUUAUUUAUCCACGGUUGUCUCAUCAGGCAUAUCUAUAAUAAUUAAUUAAAAUUUAAAAUUUAAAAUUACAACUAAUUUUAUAUAUUACUACUUUACUUAUUUACAAAUAUAAAAUAUAAAACCCUGCUUUCCACGAGAGCCGUGCAUUACUAAUCUAAAAACUAUAACUAAUUGUAGUAAAAUGACCCUACUACCGCAACCCGGCUUUGAAGCUUUCUAGUGUUUUUGCUUGCCGUAACCCAACUGGCAGACUAUUCCAAAGCACCGCACAAGUAUAGCUAAAGCUAUUUUUCAAGUAGUUUGUGCGGGGCUUUGGAAUAUUUAGUUUGCCCUCGGCGUCUCUCAGGGAGUAUACGGUGUCACGGUAUAUAAACAUGGAUCGCAUAUAUUCAGGAGCGAGUCCAUUUAAAGAUUUGUAAACCAUGACAGCCUUAUGAAAGCUUCUUUGUGACUCUAGUUUUUGCCAGCCAAGAAUUUCAAUAAGGGGAUCGGCACUAGCGUCAUAGCCAGAAAAGGUUAAAACCCUAGCUGCUCUGUUUUGAAGCUUUUGUAGCUUGACUGCUAGGGUUUUGCAACAGCUAUCCCAAACUUCACAGCAAUAGUUGAAAUGGGGCUGAACUAAUGAGUUAAAUAUGGUCAUUAAGGUGUUUACAGGGACAAAAGGAAGGGAAAGAGGAGAGAGUAGGCUAUGGCAUCACCUUAUCAUAUAACUUGUGAUGCAAAAAAAUUUCUUUCACUCAGGUUUGGACAACUCACUCAUGUCUGAAGAUUUGAAAGCGCUCUCACUGACUUCUGUUGGUGGCAAAUUUCCCUCGACUUCUUUUGAUCAGUUACAGAAACACGGCAGUGCGCAGUGCGGGAAAAUCGGUAACGAAAAAGUGCUUUUCUUCAGUUCUGUAGAUUUCCUCAUAACUCUCAAGCAAACGUCGAACGUCCAGUACUAACUUCAGAGUACAGUUGAACCUGUUUCAGGGGACACCCUCGGGACCAAGACAAGUGUCCUCUGAAUAGAGGUGUCCAAUGUUCUCUGAACUUAGUACUAAAAGACGUUCGUUUUAGAGUUAUGGGUUGAGGUUUGUUAAUAAGUAACCAACAAAUAAAAUAUUUUUCUUUUAUUCUGCCUCGGAAUCUGCAGCAGUAGUUAUUUCAAGCGGCUAGACAAUAUAUAAAAAAUCAUGAUUAACUUAUCUCUGCGAUGUUGUGCGUUGAGUUCCCAAAAGUACAGUACAUCGGUUUGAGUGAGAUAAUUCACGUUUUGAAAGUACUAACCGCCCAUUGUGACUAGUGAACACUUAACUGACUUAUCAACGAUUUUUGUGGUCAGUCACUUUUUAAAUGCUAUAAUGUGUUCCCUGAAUAAGGUUAAGCCCGGAUUUGGGACCUAGAAAAAGUGUCCCGUGUUCCUUCAGUAGCGGUAACAAAUACGAAGAUUAUGCGAGCAUUUUUCCUGGAAUAAUAAUAAUACUAAUAACACUUUUAAACAGGCUCUAAACUAUUUAAAAAAUACUUUUAAAAACUUUAGGGAGAAAUAUAUAGGUCAUUUUAGAGAGAUCCUGAUGGCAUGCCUUCCUAAACCUUUAGGCUUCCCGCAAGUACUUUUUUUUUCAUCAGCUGGUAAAAAUUUAUAGUAGUUUCUCACAACAUGAGGAUAAGUAUUUCCGUCAGACGAAUGAAAAAAGGUGAUUGUUUCAUGAUAAAAAAAUAUAUAUUUAUAUAUAUAUUUUAAAUAUUUUAUGACUCUUGUUUCAGAGUAUCACUUACAUCAGACAUUUAACCAAGUGACAAGCCCGAACACUUGUGUGAUAGGCAACCAAGCUACUGUGAAUGAUCAGAUGCCAAGCCAAAGGUAAAUAUUGCCUGGAACUAAAUACAAAGGUAGUAGUCAGUAGUAUUCUGAUACUCUUUUUGUCGGUACGAGCUGUAAUAAACGAUUAAGCGCGUUGCGCUUAUGUAAGCAACUUGAGUUACCUAUGAUUGCAAAGAGUAUCUCAGCUUUUUGCCAAAUUGACACAUGCGACAGAUGCCGCGCAAGAUCAGGAUUUGCCCCUGGGACCGGCAAUAUUACUCCAAAUUGAAUUUCACCUUAGCUUUAAUACCGUCAGUAUUACAUUUUAAGGACAGGCUAAUUGAUGAUCAGAGUUAGUAUCGACCAGCUAUUUAGCUCAUGGGUCAAAUAUAUAGUGUUCUUGUCAAGACGUCCUUGUUUUAUUUCCUUUCCUCUCCAUUUAUUUUCCUUCUGGUAGAUCAUUCUUGUGUAUUUGGACUCGACGUUUUUCUUACCGUCGGUUAUGUUUUGCCAAAUGUUGAUACAUGUAAUUUUUAAAACGGCAGUCACUGACAUUGUCGUCAGUUGACAGAUGUUUUGAUCUCUUUUACUUCAGUUUUACUGUACUAGGCGCGUUAACCUCUAUUAAAUUACGCCUAAUUGCACUGAGUGAGCCCUUAGGCUUUGACGCUUGCAAUUGGUUCAGGUUACAUUUCCCGGGUACGUUAACAUUUUGUUAUGAAUUAUUUCUUUUCUUUGCCCUCGUUUCACUGUAGACGUUCAGUGAAAAGGACUCAUCUUCGUGCGGGGCGCGGCUUAAGGCAGCGUCUGCUGUCAUUAGAGACUAGACGUUGGCGAACCAGAUAAAGGGGUGUCUUCGUAUCAAAUAGAGGCCCCUAAGAGUGCAGGGUCUUGCUAAAAGUUACCAUACCAUGAGCCAUCUUGCAUGACCAUACUUAACCGCGAUCAAACGUGACAAAUUUACAAAGGCUUAGAAAAGUACUUUAAAACUAAGGUUGUAAAUUUUAAUUCGCUGCUAAUUUACUAAACUUUUCUAGGGUUUCCUCGAAACGAUCAAAGUGUGUGAAAACUGAUCUGGCUUUUCUGUUGGUCAACACGUCACAAUUUUACUCCGGCAAGAAGCGUUUUCAACGAAAAGAAGCUCAUUGUAUUGAGAAAACUGCAAGGAUAGCUAAAUCAACUCAUUCUUUUAGACAUUCUUGGUUGCGCUUGUUUUCACCUAGUGUUAAAUAAAAUCCCACUGAACAAAAAAAGCGCCUUGGACCUCUGACCGUGGUGGAUACCACACUUGGCUAAGAACGGACAGUGAAAAAAGCAAACUAAAACUUGGAAACGUUGGACCAAAGUCAACUUUAACAGAGUUCUCUAAGAUAAAUCGCUGAAACCCUAUCUGUAACGGUUUGUUCAAAGAUAGGUGGACGAAUUUUUUUAAUACUUCUCCUUGUUGUUUUAAGGUGAAGGUCAUAUAGUGAAUCAAAAUUCUAGCGUAAUUUACACGAAAACCUGGAAAAGGUACUCAUAGAUCGCUAUUUUUAGUUUGACUAGCGUUUUGUCUUGUAUCUUCUGUUUGUCUUUAGAGCUCUCCCGGAGGGUUUGAACUACUCUCCUAAGAGAUCCAUUACUGAAGGAAGGAGAUCCUUACCAGAAGCAGAAGAUUCUAAAGACAGAUCAUGA